AUGGCGGGGUUCGGAAUGAGGAGGUUGCGGGAAACAGAUAAUAACCGAAUUGCCAAGGCUUGUGGGGCUGUAAUUGUUAACAGACCACAUCAAUUGCAACAGUCUGAUGUUGGUACAGGCGCUGGGAUAUUUGAGGUUAAGACAAUUGGUGAUGAGUUUUUUGCAUUCAUUGUUGAUUGCAAAGAGCCUAAAGCAUGUACUGUACUCUUGAGAGGUCCUAGUAAGGAUCAGUUCAAUGAAGUGGAAAGGAAUUUGCAGGAUGCCAUGUCUGUAGCAAGAAACAUCCUCAAGAAUCCGAAACUUGGUCCUGGGGGUGGUGCUACACAGUUAACUGUAUCUGCUACAUUGAAGCAAAAGAGUUCAUCUGUGGAAGGUAUAGAAAAGUGGCCGUAUGAAGCUGCUGCUAUAGCUUUUGAGCCUAUACCACGUACGUUGGCUCCGAAUUGCGGGGUGAAUGUGAUUAGAACAAUGACGGCGCUGCCGGGAAAGAUAUGGGAUGCCUGCAACGUGAAGGCCCAGAGUUUUAAAACGGCCAUAGAAGCUGCUUGCCUACUUCUCAGAAUCGAUGACAUUGUGAGUGGGAUGAAGAAGAAGCAGCCUCCUGGUCCCAAAGCUCCUUCCAAGCCUCAAGUUGAGACAGAAGGCGAUGCAGAUAAUGAGCAAAUAAUUCCGGAUCGAUUUAUUUUGAGCCUGUGGGAGAAUGCUAGGGUUGCAUACAAGCAUGGGACGGCUCUUGAAGGAGGCAAAAUUGCUGAUUCUGAGCCUGUGGAUUUAUUUUCCAGUGCUCAUAAUAUUCGAAAGGCUCAAGCUCAGGCUCAUCAUAAUCUUCAUGAUGAAGAUUCUAAUCACAACCAGUCCCAGAUGAAACAAGAUGAACUUAAUAGAAGGGAAUAG